CUCCCUUUUAAACCAAUAUUACGUUUUGGGCCACCUCAUUAAAUAUUCAUUAUCUCUAUAAGUAGUCAACAAAUAAUCUAUAAAUAAAAGCCCAAUGGUUUUGUAACCAUAAUGAUAUUUAAUGAGCCACACACACGCAAGCUUCGUAGUUGAUGUCACGCCGACCUAUCUAAAUAAAGGUUAUGUCCGAAGUCCCCACGUUCUUCCAACAAACACCCCAAAAUCACCUCGUAAACAACCUGGCAAAAAAAAUGCAAGGCGAAAACCUAAGAGAAAACUUGCUCCUCGGCAUGGGCAACCCCUUGCUCGACAUCUCCGCCAACGUCGACAAACAGUUCCUCCAGAAAUACAACAUGAAAGAAAACAACGCGAUCUUAGCGGACGAAAGCCACAAGAACCUCACCGGCGACCUGAUUGAUCAAUACAAAGCCGAAUUCAUCGCUGGGGGCAGCGUCCAGAACACGCUCCGAGUAGCCCAAUGGCUGCUGGAAAAGCCCCGAGUGACAACGUUUUUCGGGUGCGUCGGCACCGACAAGUAUUCCCAGAUUUUGAAAGAGGGGGCGCAGAGUGAAGGAGUUAAUGUGAUUUAUCAGUUGAAUGACACAGUUCCUACCGGCACGUGUGCCGUCUUGAUCACUGGCCCGAACAGGUCGCUGUGUGCGGAUUUGGGGGCUGCGAAUUGCUUCACGAUUGAUCAUAUUAAGAAUCCGGCGAAUCGCAAGCUGAUUGAGGGGGCACAGUAUUUCUAUAUUUCGGGUUUCUUCCUCACCGUGAGUCCUCCAACCAUUCUAGAAACUGCUAAACACGCUUUAGCUAAUGAUCGCCCCUUUAUUAUGAAUCUCAGUGCACCGUUUGUUUCGCAACUGUACAAAGAGCCUCUGAUGCAAGUCAUGCCUUAUAUUGAUCUACUAUUUGGAAAUGAGACGGAAGCUGAGACCUUCGCCACCGAGCAAAACUUCGGCACGAAAGACUUAAAAGAAAUCGCCCUCAAAAUCUGCAAGCUCCCCAAGCAAAACGAGGCCAGAUCCCGGGUGUGCGUCAUCACCAACGGCCACAACCCGGUCAUUCUGGCCCGCGACGGAAAGAUCACCGAGUAUCCGGUGGACGUCCUCACCAGAGAGCAACUCGUGGAUACGAACGGGGCCGGUGACGCGUUCGCCGGCGGUUUCUUGGCGCAGUACAUACAAGAGCAGCCUCUGGACGUCUGCGUGCGGUGCGGGGUUUGGGCGGCCACUCAAAUUGUGCAAAGGAGUGGAUGUACGUUUAGCGGAAAGGCCACCUUUCAGCCCUAGCAGUAGGAGUGGGGGCUGGGUGUACUUAGUUUUUUAUAUUGUGUUGUUAUAAUGGGAAUAAAAGACGAGGUUUUCUUGUUUA